AUGUUCGUCCUAGAGCCGGAUAAGAGUAAGUCUUGUCAUAGUAGAACACGUACUUACGCUGACCAUCGAAUGGGUUGUACGCCAUCUCUGAAUUCCGAUGCACAAGCUGGCUUCACCAGUGACCGGACGUCUUCAGUCGAAUCUAUGCAGAUGGCUGCCAAAUGGUUACAAGAGUGUGUCAAUUCACACCUAUCUUGCAACACAUCUGAGGGCGGUAGCACUUGGUACCCAACGCGUCUCUUACAUCUGGCCGACCCUAGUGAAGACAAGAACUACAUUCGACUCAUACGCACAGCACGAGAACCACCAACCGGUCCUUAUGCUACCUUGAGCCAUCGCUGGGGUAACAACAUGCCUUUCCAGCUCACUCAAACAAUGGAAUCUGAAUCGAAUCUUCGUUUCCCAUUGACUGACCUACCCAGGACCUUCCAAGAAGCCAUUCAAGUAUCCAGACAAUUGGGAAUUCUCUACCUGUGGAUCGAUUCAUUGUGUAUAAUUCAAAGUGGAGAUGAUCGUCAAGACUGGUACCGAGAAGCAAGCUCGAUGAAUAUGGUAUAUACAAACUCUUGCUGUAAUAUAUCUGCGACAGAUGCAGAGGAUAGCACGAAUGGCCUUUUCCGACAUCGCGACCCUCUUUACAUUGGUCGCCCGCGCGUCAAAGUCAACUUGGACGAUUUCCAGCCAGAUACUGAACUUGUGGAGUGUCUGAUGACCGACCUUCUCCUCUGGCCACAUAUCCUAAUGCAUUCGCCCCUCGACAAACGUGGAUGGGUUUUCCAGGAGCGUUAUCUUGCACCGCGAGUUCUGCAUUUCUGUCGAGACCAGUUGUUCUGGGAGUGUCGAGAACACACUGUAUGCGAGACCUAUCCUCAAGAGCUACCGCUUGUGAGUCUGUAUUAUACUGCAGCAUUUCUCAAAUCUCUAGAGAAAAACCGACAACGUAUUGCACAACGGCUUGGCGGGAACAAAAUAGGCGAAACAGACUGGGAGGACUUAUGGACCACAUUGGUCUUCCUGUAUAGCCCCAAAAACCUAUCUGUUCCAGGAGACAAAUUAGUCGCCCUUUCAGGCGUGGCUAAGAAUGUAAUACCUCAUAUGAAAGACGCUUAUAUCGCUGGGAUGUACCGCAAGAAUCUAGAGAGGUUGCUGAUAUGGCAAGUAUCUAUUAGCACGUCACGUCCGCCAGGUUACCGUGCGCCGUCCUGGUCCUGGGCAUCGGUGGAUGGAAGAAUAUCAUGGGAUUCUGAGAUCAACCAACAAUCCCUGAUACAUGUCGAAGAUGUCGUACUCGAUUACGCAACUGAAGAUAUCACAGGAGCGGUGACAGGUGGGUGGUUAGAUCUGCGUGGCUAUCUCAAGCCUAUGAGAUUACAAGGUGCCAAACACGAUGAAGGCAUAGACUGGUACAUGAUUGUUGGCAGUAGCAUCGUCUCCAGACACAACGGUAGCCACACACUUCACAAGAUAUUCGUAAAGCUCGAUACUUUGUACGGUGAGGAGAUAGCUUUCGAUAACGAUAAUACGGAAGAGCGGCUGUUCUUUAUGCCUGCGUUCAAUAAACGCAGUCCGGAUGGGAGGAGUCAAGUAAAGUGCCUACUCACCAGGCUUAAAAACCUUAAGAGCAAGUUUUUUGAGAGAAUCGGAUGUGUUGACAGGUACUUGGACGACGACGAAAAGGACGUACUGUUGGCAGAACUGGACGAAGAUACAAGGGCUCGUUUACCGUGUAUGCGCUACGAGAACGGGCUUCAUACAAUCCGGAUCGUCUAG